CGAACGGCGUCUGUGGUAACGAAUCUUGGUGAACGUGUUUUGGUGGAUUAAUAGGCUUGAUAUACCCGUUGAUCUCAGGAAUACGCUUCAAAUAAUUGCUAAAAUAUAUACGAUAUUUGCGAAGUCAUUUUUCCAGCUCUAAAUUGGGCUUAUAGUAAUAAUCGUCGUAGAAUUUGCUGUUCAAAGACAAAGCGCGCGAAGUUGGUGAUCGAAUAUCCGGUUGAAUCAACGGGUCAUUUUACGAUCAUGGAUCAUCGAUACUCUACAUUACCAGCCAAAGGAUUUUCUACUGAUAUUGGAGCCAGAAAAAGAGUUCAGCUUCCUGGCGAUCAAGGGAAAGGCACAUCGUCAAGCUUGCAGCCUGGUUUGUCAAGUCUGUUUCACAGCACUCCAUUGAAUAAGGUGGCCACUCCUGUGUCUACAACUAUGGCUUCCUACUAUACCAAACCUAGAACAACCAAUAGCCUUUAUAAUCCACCAACAUCAAUGGUAUCAGCCAGAACACCUCGUAGCAAAUCACCAGGUAGAACUACCAGCCCCUUGGGUGGUAACAGAAGGUCUAUAAGUCCAAGACGAGGAACAAGUCCAUCAAGGUCACUUUCACCAAGCAAACAGCUUUCUGAUGUUGAUACUGAUACCAUUCAAAGACAAAGGAGAGAACUUCAGCUUCUUAUUGGAGAACUAAAGGAUAGAGACAGAGAGUUGACAGACAUGGUACAAGCACACCAAAAACAAAUUGUUGCCUGGGAAGAAGAUAGACAACGAGUGUUAACUCUAGAAAAGAGAUGUUCCAGAUUAGAAAGUGAAGUCAAGAAUAAAACUGAGCAAAUAAAAGCAAGUCAAGCAAGAUUAAAAGCAGCAGAAGCAGAAGAGAAAAGUAAAAAUAGAGAACUUGAAGAUACACAGGUUCAACUACAGCAAGUAUCUGAACAAGCUAAUACAUCAAUACACCAAUUACAGGACUUGGAGGAGAAGAACAUCAGUUUAACUAACACAAUGAGAGAGUUAUCAAGCACUAUUGGUCAACUACAAGCCAGAGAACAAGAACUAUCAACUAGACUUAAACUGAAAGACAAUGAUAUCUCAGAGGCAAGCAUCAGACUAUCUGAAAUGCAGCAAAAGUUGAGAAGACUUGAAAACUACUGUCAGGAUCUGAAGAAGGCUGACCAAACUCUGAAAACUGAGAGAGAUCAAUGGAAGGACCAAGCAUUAGCUAAUAAGAAUGAAAUAGAAAAGCUUAGAGGUGAUAUUACAAAGCAAUUCAGUGAUGCAGAUGAAAUUCAAGCAGAGUGUGCUCAAGUCAAACAGGAGGUGUUAGUAUUGCAGAAAGAACUCUUUUUAGCUGGUGAAAGAGAAAAAAGAAAAGACCAGCUUUUAGAUCUUCAAAAAUCAAAGCAAGAUAGAGCAGAUGCAGAAUUACAAAAUCUUAGACAGAUAUGUGAGCGUCAGCAGCGGGAUAUCUCUUACCUACAAAUGCAGCUUCAAACUAAUCAGGAAGCAAUGUUUAAACCAGAUGAUUUUACAUCAGAUGACAAGAUUAGUGAUUACUAUGAAGAAAAGAUAGAUUACAAUUUAAACACAGACUUUGACAACCAGGAUGCCAUGUCUACAAAAUCUUCAGAAAUUGAUGACACCUUUCCUUUACCUUACAAGAGUAGCAGUUUAGAGAAUGGAGAUUUAGAUGACUUGUCCCCAUACCUCCCAGCCGUCAAAAGUUUGUCUCAGCCUGUCUCCAACUAUGCUACAGCAGGAAGCGACUUUGGUGAUGACUUAGAGAGCCUUAACCAUGAACCAUUGCCGACAGCACUCUCCAGUAGGCCAUAUACUAAUGUAACUGCACAUCAAAGCUAUGGAGGUUCUGCUCCUCCAACUUACGGCACCACUGCUUCACAAAACUACAGUACAACAUUGCCACAAAGCUAUGGGUUGACUGCACCUCAAAGCUAUGGGAGCACUGUUCCUCAAAGCUACAGUACAGCUGUAUCUCAGAGUUAUGGGACAACUUUGCCUCAAAGUUAUGAAACAAGUCAUCAGACCUACUACAGUGGACAAGCAAAGCCUGAUGUAUACCAAGGCAUAGGUAGCCUAUCAUUGGCUGACCCUAAGACUGAUGUUCAAUCAGUUGAUGGAAGUUAUGCUCCAUACAGUUCUGGUCCUACUUUGACAUCCACUCCAGCAGCAUCAAGACCUAAUGGGUUUACUCUAAAUACAUCUACACCACAAACUAAUCAUCAGGAUAACGAGUCUUCCCCUACUAGCAAACUACAUCGAUUACUGGCCGAAUCUCGUCAGAUGGUUCAGAAUCUUGAACAAGUUUCUUCUUACGGCACCCCUUCAAGUCCUGCUAAACAGGAUGGUUCCAAGGGUACAGAGCAGUACACUCCACCUCAAAAGCACAUGGGAAGUCCAUUAACCAAUCAUGUGCAAAGUAAAGGCCAGGGUUUGUCUGCUUCGACGUAAMAGCAAGCAACAAACUGGUCGUGAAAGAAAAACAGCAGAAAACAUUAGAAUACCUAAUAAUAGCCUUCAUGAUUUUAUAAAUUUAAAUUCUUGCCACCGAUGAUGAGGAAAUUAUUUAUUAUCAGAUGAUUUGAGAAGUAUAAUUAAUUUUAAUCCAAGACUCGUUGUAGUCAUGUAACAAACUGGUUAGUAGUUUUUAAAGGUUUAUAAUUAGUUCGUGUCGCUGGACAACAACCAGUGACGAGUACGAAGUGUGAUAAAAGAAUGUAAAUAUCGGUUUUCAAUUAUAUGUCUUGUUCUUAAUACUAUGAUAUAGAAAUAAUAAAAAAUAUUGUUAUGUGUCCCAUAGCA